UUCGGAGGACUGAGAUUGCGACGAACAACCAGGAAGCGGCCAGGCUGGGAGCUGUCCCCGGUUCUCCACUCUGCUCUCGAGGCCCCCUCCCAGGGUCCCUACACGGUGUUCGUCGGUCCCGCGUGGCUCUUGCCACGACCUGGGCUCCGGCCCGGGCCGAUCUUUCCCGAGCCGCCAUGUCAUCCGACUUCGAAGGCUACGAGCAGGACUUCGCUGUGCUCACGGCAGAGAUCACCAGCAAGAUUGCGAGGGUCCCCCGACUCCCGCCUGAUGAGAAGAAGCAGAUGGUUGCAAAUGUGGAGAAACAGCUCGAAGAAGCGAAAGAACUGCUUGAACAGAUGGAUCUGGAAGUCCGAGAGAUACCACCCCAGAGUCGAGGAAUGUACAGCAACAGGAUGCGAAGCUACAAGCAAGAAAUGGGCAAACUUGAAACAGAUUUUAAAAGGUCACGGAUUGCCUACAGUGACGAAGUACGGAAUGAGCUCCUAGGGGAUGAUGGGAAUUCCUCAGAGAACCAGUUGAUAAAAUUACGUGAAGAGAGGGCACAUCUGCUCGAUAACACAGAGAGGCUGGAAAGGUCAUCUCGGAGACUAGAGGCUGGAUACCAAAUAGCAGUGGAAACCGAGCAAAUUGGCCAGGAGAUGCUGGAAAACCUCAGUCACGACAGAGAAAAGAUACAGCGCGCACGUGAACGACUUCGGGAAACAGAUGCUAACUUGGGGAAAAGCUCCAGGGUUCUGACGGGGAUGUUGCGAAGAAUCAUCCAGAACCGCAUCCUGGUCGUCGUCUUGGCCAUCAUCCUGGUCGUCACCAUCCUGAUGGCGGUCACUUUUUCUGUCAGAAGACACUGAUGGAUCUAUUCCUCCCUGACAAACAGCAACAACGGCUUGUUCUGAGUAAUUAAGACAAAAUGGUCACAUGAAUCAUUCUUUUGCGCUGACAGGCCCCGAAUGACCCUCCCUCUUUUCACCACUGUUCAGCUGAAGUGCAAAGAGUGUAAAAAUAUUUUCUAUUCCUGUUUGCAUGUGGGUCGGUUUCCUUUUGUAGGUUUGUCUUCACCCAGAUUUGUUUUCUAUAGGGGAAGGGGAAUGUUUAUUUGCCUUUUGGUGAUUUCAUCUCCUAACCAAAAUAGCCUUGGUGACAUUCUUCCUUGCCCCGUGGACAUGUCAGGGGUCACGGUUUGGGACAGGGCAUGAUGAGUCAGCCGUGGGGCAUGUGAUGGGCUGUGCUGUUUGUCACACAUCUCUUGUCACCAAAUUGCCCCUCUGUGAUGUCCGAGGAUAAAAAUGCAGAGAAAAACAGGGGCCAAAGCCAGUGACAAGCUCCAGCAAACCAGCCCUGUUCCUACCGAGGCAUAAUGAAGAUAGUCUACCUGCCUGAGCGCUUGCAUUGAAAAGGUGGAUAUUCAGUGUCAGUUGUGCAGGACGUUGACUUAGCACUUUCUGUGUUUUUCUGUGUGUGUGUUUUGUUUUUGUUUUUGUUUUUGUUUUUGUUUUACAGCCAAGAAUAUUUUUGCAAAGCCUGCCCAAGAUCCACUUUUCACAACUUUGAUUCCUGCUACAUGAAAUAUUCCCUUACCUUCCCCAAAUCCCCUAGUCCCCAGAAUUUGCUGACAAAGCGAGUCCUGGCACGAUAUUUAAUUGUGACCUCCUCUCCCUUGACCUGUGUAAGCAUCUCGAUACCCUUUUGGUUUUAAUAUCUGCACUGCCAAAACAGCCCUCCUACAAGCAAAAGGUCUGACAAGGCUCUCUGCACUUCCAUUCCAGUAUGUAAAGAGAACAUGAAUAUUUCAGGAAGAGGAAGAACAUGAGUCCGUUGGUGUGAAAUUUCAAAUGUGAUUAUAAAUAUGGUAGAGUCCUAUAGGAUAAUUCACUAGAAAUAAACUUCAUGGAGAACGUUCACUAACCUCCUUUCAAAGAAUAAGGGGUUGCAGCGUGUUACAAAGGACUGCUUGGAUUUUCUAUAAAAAAAAAAAAAAUGUUAGCACAGCCUUCCUGAGUUCACUGUGUAUUCAAACCUCUGACGUGCUUUGUGAUUUCCUUUGGUUUCUUUCUGUCCGAGGUAACCGGGAAUUGCGUUCAAAAUGAGUUCGUUUAUGAUCAGGCUGAAAGUUGCCCCGAGCUGAGGUCAUUUUCCCCCUUGUCAUAAAGCAAAAUGUGUUUUUCUUAAGACUUCAUAGGCACUUCCGAGGUCUGUACUAUCUUUUGAAUAUAAUUGGAAGCUCGGAAUCCUUGAAAAUCGGACUUGUUCUCUUCAUAAAAAAUGCUAACCACCUGUGCCCGUAGAUUGAGAUCACCUGUUACUGCCCUUUAUUUUUAUGUUUUUCCCCCCAACUCAGAAAAGAACCGUGAUGGUUUAGAGAGGAAAGGCAGAAUGGCAAAAUCCACCAGAGAAAUUGCACUUAGCGAAACAGGCCAGGGCCUGCUUGUGUCCAGAUAAAUCAUUUAGUAUUGUGUAAAUAAAGCUACAGCCUUUACCUCGCAGGGAUGGGGUGGGAUUU